AUGCUGGUUGACAUCCAGUUCGUGACAGCCUUGCCCAAGGCCGAGCUACACGCUCACCUCUCUGGAAGCAUUAGCAGAGAUACCCUACAUGACAUAUGGGUGCAGAAGAGACAGCGAGGCCAAUUUUGCCAUCUCGACGACCCGCUGGACGUUAUACAACCAGGCCAUGGCCUAGUGGAUGUAGUCUCCUUCUUCCCUCUGUUUGACCGGUAUAUUUAUGAGCUGGUGAAUGAUGUCGAGACGGUGCAGCGCGUCACAAAACGGGUCAUCGAAGACUUCGCCUUAGAUGGCGUGAGAUACCUCGAACUUCGAACAACGCCGCGCGAAGCUCCCGGUUUCACCAAAGCAGAAUACGUCGCUGCUGUGCACGAUGCCAUCGUGCAACACGCUGUCGCUCAGAGACGGCGUAGUGACAGUGAUGAGAGUGCUAUUGAUGUUCGACUUAUCCUCUGCAUCGACCGGAGAAUGUCACUCUCUCAGGCGCAUGAAGUGGUUGAUCUAGCACUCCAUUACCAACACCACGAGCAAGGGAACUCAUCCGGUGCCGGGAAGGUAGCGCAAGCCCAAGACGGACUUGUUGUGGCAGUCGAUCUGUGCGGCAACCCAGCCAAAGGCGACGUCUUUACAUUUUCUGAAGCAUUUGCACGAGUAAAGGUUGUUGGCUUGGGCGUCACUGUCCACUUCGCCGAGAUACCUCAGUCGGGAGCCGAAACGGAGCUCGAAACGCUACUGUCGUGGAAGCCGGACAGAUUAGGCCAUGUCAUACACGUUCCCGAGAAGUUCAAGUACAUCAUUGAGGAGCGCAAGCUGGGUCUGGAGCUUUGUCUAUCUUGCAAUGUGCUCGCCAAGCUUACCAUGGGAUCGUAUGCCGACCAUCAUCUUGCCAAAUGGAGGAAGACCCAAUGCUCGAUAGCGCUAUGUACCGACGACGUCGCAAUCUUCGGCAGUCCAUUGUCAAAUGAGUAUCUACUUGCCGCAGAGCACCACGGACUAGAUCACCACGACCUGAUAGCACUGAGCAGAAGCGCCGCAAGCAUUGCUUUCAGCGGCCGGGAGCGGAUGAGGCGACUUAUUGACAGCUUCGAGCAGACUUGCGACAGUGUUGCGGCUGUGCUCGAAGCAUGA